AUCACUCACUGGCCAGCACUUCCUCCAAAAUUCGUGUUGUGGCAAUUGGCAUCGCACCCUGGAAUAUGAUCCACAACCGAGAGGCUCUUCUCACUGCCAAGGUGGAUGAGCCUGCUGCAUACAAGCCACAUGACUUGCCGCACGGGUCAGUGUAUUCCCUAGAUAGCCAUCAUUCUCACUUUGUGCUGGUGGAGGAGGAUCCCAGUCGACCGGGAGCCACCAGUGAAAUGAGGGUGAAGCUGCUCAAGCAUAUCUCUCUCCAGCGCACUGGUUAUGGAGGUGCAGGCAGUUUUGAGAUCCCUGUUCUGUGUCUCUUGGUCCAUGGGGAGCCCAAGAUCCUGAAGAGGAUGUAUAAAGGCAUUGGAAAUUCAACACCAUGGCUGAUCCUGGCAGGCUCGGGGGGUGUGGCUGACAUCCUUGUCACACUGAUGAAUAGGGGCUGCUGGGAUACAGACAGUGUUCAUGAGCUGCUGUUGGACACCUUUCCAAAUGCCCACCACAGCACAGACAUCAGUAAUUGGGUCAAGCUGAUCCAGAAGAUACUGGAUCAUGGGCAUCUCCUCACUGUCCAUGACCCUGAACAGGAGAGCUCUGAGCUGGAUACGGUCAUUCUCAAAGCUCUUGUCAAGGCUUGUAAGAGCCAAAGCCAGGAAGCUCAAGACUUCUUGGAUGAACUGAAGCUGGCUGUGGCCUGGAACAGGGUGGACAUUGCCAAGAGUGACAUCUUUAAUGGAGAUGUGGAGUGGAAGGCAUGUGACCUUGAAGAAGUGAUGAUGGAUGCGCUGAUCAAUGACAAACCAGACUUUGUUCGCCUGUUUGUGGACAAUGGUGUGAACUUGGGUGAGUUCCUUACCUAUGGCCGUCUGCAGGAGCUUUACUGGUCUGUGUCUGAGAAGAGCCUGCUUCACAACCUGCUCCUCAAAAAGUAUGAGGAGAAGCAGAUUCUGCUUGGAGCUGCCAGGACACCUGGUCCACCUGGCCAUCACCCACCUGAGCAAGGGAAACCUCGCUUCACCCUCUAUGAGGUUGCCAAAGUGCUGAAAGACUUUCUCCAUGACUCCUGCAAAGGCUUUUACCAAAAGAUUCCUACGGAGAAGCCAGCAAAGGGCCGGCUGUUCCACCAGCAGAAGAACCUGGCUGAGUUAGAGGAACGCUGUGAACAUCCAUGGAGGGAUCUUUUCCUCUGGGCCGUCCUUCAGAACCGACAGCAGAUGGCUAACUACUUCUGGGCUAUGGGCCCUGAGGCGGUAGCUGCAGCGCUGGCGGGUUGUAAGAUUUUAAAAGAGAUGGCUCGACUGGAAUCUGAGGCUGAGUCUGCACGAAGUAUGAAGGAGGCCAAGUAUGAGCAGUUUGCCCUUGAUGUCUUUGGUGAGUGUUACUCCAACAGUGAAGACCGGGCUUAUGCUUUGUUGGUGAGGAGAACACACUGCUGGAGCAAAUCUACGGUCCUUAACUUGGCAACUGAGGCAGACGCCAAAUCCUUCUUUGCCCAUGAUGGAGUUCAGGCUCUCCUGACAAAAAUCUGGUGGGGCGCGAUGACGACUGACACGGCCAUCUCCAAACUUGUGGUGUCUUUCUUCUGUCCCGCACUCAUCUGGACCAACCUCAUAAAGUUCAGCGACGAGGAACUUGAUAAUCGUAAUGGCCGGGAGCAGUUUGUGGAGCAGGACAGUCUGGAUACAGAAAAGGCUUUGCUGUUAACUGAUGAUGAUGAUGACCCUCUGGACCCUGCACCUGGAGACCCUGCAGCUCAGAGCUGUGCCUCCGUGUGGUGGCGUUUCUUACUCCGCCGUUGGCGGCGCUUCUGGAGCGCGCCUGUCACUGUGUUCCUUGGUAAUGUCAUCAUGUACUUUGCCUUCCUCUUCCUUUUCACCUACGUGUUGCUGCUCGACUUUCGCCCACCACCACCUGCUGGCCCUGGAGCCCCAGAGUUGAUACUCUACUUCUGGGUUUUCACCUUGGUGCUGGAGGAACUUCGACAGAGCUUUUUCACUGAUGAAGAGAUGAACAUCUUGAAGAAGUUCAAACUCUACGUCGAGGACAACUGGAACAAGUGUGACAUGGUUGCCAUCUUACUCUUUGUUGCUGGGGUUUCAUGCAGGAUGGUCGAUCACACCUAUGAGGCUGGAAGGACAGUCCUGGCCAUAGACUUCAUGGUUUUCACCCUACGUUUGAUCCACAUCUUUGCCAUUCAUAAGCAGCUGGGACCUAAAAUCAUUAUCGUGGAAAGAAUGAUGAAGGACGUUUUCUUCUUCCUCUUUUUCCUGAGUGUAUGGCUGAUUGCGUACGGCGUUGCCACUCAGGCGCUUCUCCACCCCAAUGAUCCCAGGAUUGACUGGGUUUUCCGCAGAGCAUUGUACCGUCCCUACCUGCACAUUUUUGGCCAGAUCCCUCUGGAGGAAAUAGAUGCUGCUCGCAUGCCUGAAAUGAACUGCACCAACGACUCAGAGGAGAUUAUCUCUGGUCUACGUCCUCCAUGUCCCAACGUCUACGCUAACUGGCUGGUCAUUCUACUGCUGGUUAUCUUCCUCCUUGUCACCAAUGUCCUGCUGCUCAACCUGCUCAUUGCCAUGUUCAGCUACACCUUCCAAGUAGUGCAGGGUAACACAGACAUCUUCUGGAAGUUCCAGAGGUACAACCUCAUUGUGGAAUACCACAGCCGUCCAGCACUGGCUCCACCCUUCAUCAUCAUCAGCCACCUCUCUCAGAUCCUCUUCAGCCUGGUCAAACAGCCGGAGUCCAAGCAGGAGCACUUGGAGAGGGAGUUGCCAGUAGGAUUGGACCAGAGGUUGAUAACAUGGGAGACGGUGCAGAAGGAGAACUACCUGGCCAAACUGGAGCGCCAGCAUUGGGAAAGCAGUGAGGAGAGACUCAAGAGUACCUCCUCAAAGGUUCAGAGUCUGCUAAGGAUUGUAGGUGGGGUUAAGGACCAAGAGAAAAGACUGGCAUCCAUGGAGGCUCAGAUUAGAUAUUGUGGAGAGGUAUUGUCCUGGAUGGCAGAAUGCUUUGCUCAGAGCACGCUCAAAUGUGGGAAAGAGGCUCCAAAUGUUCCAAUUUCUCUAACAGGCUCCAAGGCAAGCAUCUCCAAUGAUGCAUGUCAAAGUCAACCAGAGAAAGAUGUUAAACAGGAAAGGGGAGAAGAUGGAACAGGUCACCCAGGAUAUGGAGCAAACAAAAAGUUCCCUUAUAUUGAUGAGUAA